AUGAGUCGACCCUUGUUCCUUCGAAUAGUAGAAGAUAUUACAAACACAGAUCCAUUUUUUCAACAACGUCCAAAUGCACUAAGAGAAUUAGGUGCUUCUCCAAUUCAAAAAUGUACUGCCGCAUUGAGGAUACUAGUAUAUGGAACAAGUGCAUAUAUGGUGGACGAGCAUGUUGGAAAGUAUAGAUUACAUGUAUUGAAAAUGGAAGAAUUGUCCAAGAGGAUGGAAAGGGCUAUAUCAAGGAAGAGUAAGCAUGCAACAAUUAUCUUAGAAGCUGUGGCAUUAGGCAUAUCUUCUGAGGUAACUUAUAAUGUUAAUAGGGACACAUUUAAUGACGUUUAUUACCUCACAGAUGGAAUAUAUCCUAAAUGGAAAGUUUUUAUCCCUACAAUUCUACUACCACUAAACCAAAAAGAUGCAUUGCUCACGAGAUGCCAAGAGUCAGUAAGGACAGAUGUUGAGCGUGCAUGUGGCAUUUUACAAGCACGAUUUACAAUCAUACAAAGAUCAUCCCUAGUGUGGGAUAAAAAUAUAAUGUGGGAGAUAAUGCUAAUGCUCAAUAUGUUGCAAAAUCAUCUUCGCAGCCACGCAAUACAACAUACCAAGUUCUAG